AUGAGGUUCUUUUCGUUACUGGCAGGCGCUGCCACGUUCGCAACUUCCGCCGUUGCUCAAUACACCAACAGUACACAAAUUGGCAACAUCGACCAAGUGACCAUCUUCACGCCGCCAAGCAAUUACACCGUUCCUCGUACCCUCUACGCAAGGACUCUUCUAUUGAACCAGGACUGCGAAGAAGAUAAUGUGAUCCUUGCGACCUGGGAGAACUACCUCUACAACAACAACUCAAACCCUUACUUCCCCAUCUAUCAAUCAUAUGAUGGCGGCCACACCUGGUCGGAGCGUUCUCGCGUGUAUGAUCAAGUCAACGGAUGGGGAUUGAGAUAUCAGCCUUUCCUCUACGAGUUGUCCGAGCCCGUUGGCAACUUUUCAGCUGGCACCAUCUUGCUUGCCGGUAACUCUAUCCCUCAAGAUCUCUCCGAAACCCAACUCGAACUCUACGCCAGUACGGACAAAGGAUAUACGUGGAAGUUUGUCUCUCACGUUGCUCAUGGCGGCGAGGCUCUUCCCAACAACGGACUCACCCCCGUCUGGGAGCCUUUCUUGAUGACCUACAACAACACCCUAAUCUAUUACUACUCUGACCAACGCGACCCGCGCUAUGGCCAAAAAUUGGUCCAUCAAGUAUCUUCCGACCUACUUGCCUGGGGUCCCGUUGUCGACGAUGUAGUCUACCCCACCUACGACUUCCGCCCCGGUAUGGCUAUCGUCUCUGCUCUGCCUUUUGGUCAAUACAUCAUGACCUACGAAUUCUACGGCGCCAAAGAGGUGGAUUUUGCGGUAUACUAUCGUAUCUCCUCUGACCCUACAAACUUUAACGCUAGUGUUGGAUAUCCGUUGGUUGCUACCGAUGGCUCUGUUCCUUAUGGAAGCCCGUACAAUGUAUGGACUCCUGUGGGUGGUGAGCUAGGUACUAUUGUGGUCAGUUGCGGUAACCUUGGCGAAGUAUACUUGAACCACAACCUGGGUGCUCCGGGGGCGUGGACGAAGAUUCAGACUGUGGAGCCUGCGUCGUACUCGAGGAGUUUGAUGGUGCUGCCUGGUCAAGAGGAUAUUCUGAUUGCUGGGGGUGGCGUGUUGAAUGGGGAGAACAAUUCUGUGACGGCGAGCUCGGUAAACGUCAAGCCUAACGCUCCUGCCUUUGCCAAGUGCAAGGCUAAAAAGUAG